AUGCAGUUUGCAUUUGACAUGAGCUGGUCAGAAAAUUACUGCUUCCACAAGGUGCCUCUGGGCCUGAGGCAGGCCAGGACUGCUAUAAAAGGCAGCCCAAGUCUCUGCUCUCUCAUCCACUUCUCUCACCUCCUUCUCCUCAGGAACCAGGUGUACCUGUGACCCCGAGCCAUGUCCUGCUGCCAGCCCUGCAACCCUUGCAGCCAGCCCUGUGGCCCCACCCCGCUGGCCAACAGCUGCAAUGAGUGCUGUGUCAGGCAGUGCCAGGACUCCCACGUUGUCAUUGAACCCUCCCCUGUGGUGGUGACCCUGCCUGGCCCCAUCCUCAGCUCCUUCCCACAGAACACCGUGGUGGGAUCCUCCACCUCUGCUGCUGUUGGCAGCAUUCUCAGCUCUGAGGGAGUGCCCAUCAGCUCUGGGGGCUUUGACCUCUCCUGCAUCACCAGCCGCUAUGGUGGCAACAGAUGUCGUCCCUGCUAA